AUGAUAUUUCACCGACUAAUCCUGCAAUUUACGCCCUGUAGAGUUCAGUUUAGGUCCAUUUACACACCAAGCCCCGCCUACACGCGGUUUUUAAGACUUAAAAAAGCUGUGGAUCGUGAUGGCCCUGAUGGGAAGCUAAAUGAAACUUACUUGAGGGCCGCCAGAAAUGUAGAUCCUAAUUUGGUUAUUGAUGCAGUUGAGGCAGCAAAAAGAAAGGGCCAUGUUAUAGAAGAUAAUAUACUGAAGGAGUAUAUUAAGGCACUGGUAGAUACCAAACAGCUAGACCAAACCAAUCUUGACAACUUCAUUACCAAACAAAAAAAGGAUCAACGAGAAUCUACCGACACUAAUGCCUCCAGUAUUUAUGAUGCGAGAUCUGGCCAGAUAAAUUUACAAAAUGAUUCAAAAAAUCCUCUCUACGUUGUAGUUAGGGAGACUGCUAUAGGUAACAUUUGGAAAUUAUUACGUAUCGCUGCAGUUGCUGGACUAUUUCUGGCUGGAGUUAGCACUUGGUUCGACACUGUUUCCACAAAUAUUCAAAAAGGAGUUAAGUUUUCGAAUAAAGUUGUCACUGUUGCGGAAUCUGACACUACAUUUGAUGAUGUCAAAGGAUGUGACGAGGUGAUGGAUGAAAUAGUUGAAAUUGUUGAAUACCUUAAGCAUCCAGAAAAAUUUGAACGCCUCGGGGCCAAGUUGCCAAAAGGAAUUUUACUAUGCGGCCCCCCUGGCACAGGUAAAACUCUAAUCGCACGAGCAAUUGCAGGAGAGGCUAAAGUCCCCUUUAUACAUACUUCAGGGUCGGAAUUUGAGGAGAUGUUUGUGGGUGUGGGCGCCAGAAGGAUCCGUGAUUUAUUCAAAACUGCAAGACAAAUAGCUCCUUGUAUCAUCUUCAUAGACGAGCUAGAUGCAGUAGGAUCAAAGCGAUCUACAACUGAUCACAAUACUGUGAGGAUGACACUAAACCAGCUUUUAGUAGAGUUAGAUGGAUUUAAAAAGAACGAGGGAAUAGUUGUAAUCUGCGCCACAAAUUUCCCAGAAUCAUUAGAUAAGGCACUUACCCGUCCUGGUAGGUUGGACAAGACCAUACAUAUACCAUUGCCAGAUCUACAGGGAAGGUUUGAGAUACUAAAGCUUUACAGCAAAAAAAUUGCCAUUAAUCGGGAUGUAGAUUUAUACUCUGUAGCCAAAUUCACGGUUGGAAUGACAGGCGCCGAAUUAUUCAAUAUACUAAAUUUGGCAGCAAUAAAAUCCUCCAUUAAAAAUGCUGCUGGAGUUACUAUGGCUGAGAUAGACGAGGCCUACGAUAGGGUGGUGGUUGGAUUGAAGAGGAAGCUCAAGAGCACGGAUAGGGAGAGAAGGGCAACAGCCUAUCACGAGGGUGGCCACGCAAUAGUUAAUCUCAACACUAAAAUAGCCGGGAAACUAAGAAAGGCUACAAUACUUCCUAGGGGUCCAACGCUGGGGGCUACCUGGAAGGUGCCUGAUGAAAAGAAUGAUACUAGGACGUCGGAAUUGCAUGCAGAAAUUGACAUUUUGAUGGGUGGAAUGGCUGCUGAAGAGGUUAUUUAUGGGAAAGAAAAUAUAUCUACUGGUUGUUCUAGUGAUUUGCAAAAGGCUACCGAUUUGGCUAGGACUUUGGUGUUGAAUUAUGGAGUUGGAAUUCCUAAUACAAUAGGUCCCAUGAGUUUAGACACUAGGAGUUAUGCCGAACUAGGUGAGGAUAUGAAGAACAAAGUGGAUGAAACAGUGCAGAAGCAUCUAAAUUCUUCAUAUGAAAGAGCAAAGAAAAUCAUUAUAGACAAUUUGCCUGGGUUGCAUAAUUUGGCAGAUGCGCUGGUAGAGUUUGAAACUUUGAAUGCCCAAGAGGUGGAUUUUGCUAUACAGGGAAAGUCAAAGCUUAUAAAACAGAGGAGGGAGAGGGAGGCAAGGCAAUCAAAGGAGCUAAAGGCAACGGCUCCAUUUUCAACUUAUAAGCAACAGCCAGUGUAUAAAACUUGA